UGGCCUCCCAAAGUGCUGGAAUUAUAGGUGUGAGCCAUCGCACCUGGCCAAGUGUCACCUUCUAAGUAAUGACUUUGUGAAGCAUAGAAGAGCAACACCUUAAAGUCACACCUUGUCUGCCCUAUGGAAAAAAAAAUUGUCAUUAAGCACUUACUUUGUUCCAAGCUCUGCGGAAAAUGCUAGAGAUAUCAUUUCUGCUCUAAAGGUGGUCAUAGUCUGUCAUUUAAACUUGAAAUUCUAUUCUCCAGCCUAACCAUCUAUUUUCAGCUAAACUUGACUCCAAAGAACAAUCAGCUUGUUUCAGAAAUCAAAUCUGCACCUAAAAACAUAAAGACAUUGCCACCAGUGAAUUUAUACCAAGGAGUGUGUGUUGCAGGCCAAGGAGGCAGUUUAAAAGGUUUUGCCAAAUGCCUGAAUCAAGGUUGCUAAGAGACCACCUGUGCUGAAUGCACUUUGUUCUGGCAAGAGCAGAAAACUGAGAAGCCGUGUUACCUACCACUACCUGGGAUUAAUUCAGGGAGCAGGAGUAUUCUGGAUAUGACUGGUAAAAACUGGAUAUUAAUUUCUACUGCUACUCCCAAAAGUCUAGAAGAUGAAAUUGUGGGAAGACUUCUAAAAAUUUUGUUUGUUAUCUUUGUUGACUUAAUUUCUAUUAUAUAUGUUGUGAUAACUUCUUAGAAAGCUGACUUCCUUUCCAUGUACAUUUCAAACUGAAUUACAGUGAAUAAAAAUUUGUAUUUUAA